GGCGGCAGAGCAAGCCGGAGCGAGGCGGCGCCGGCUGGACGCGCCUCGGGGCCGAGGCCGGCGCUGGCUAGCUGAGCUGGCGGGAGCCAUGAACGUGGUGGGCGGCUACCCGGGCCACCCGCACCCGGCGCUGCUCCACGAGCCCUUCCUCUUCGGGCCGCCGCCGCCGCCGCCGCUGCCGCCGCCGCCGCCGCCCCCGGGCCAGGCGCGCUGCUUCCCGCCGGCCGAGCGCCCCUUCGCGCCGGGCUGGCUGCUCAGCGCCGCCGCCCAGCUCUCCCCGCCGCCGCCGCCGCCGCCGCCGCCGCCGCCGCCCCCUCGGGCCGAGCUGCUGUGCGCGGCGGCGGCGGCGGCGGCGGGGCUGGGGGCGUCGGCCUCUCCCGGCUCGCCGUACGGCAGCAGCCCGCCGGAGGGGCAGGGGGCCCGUCGGCGGCGGGGGCCCGUCGGGGCGGGCGGGGCGUCGGGCGGGCCGCGCAAGGAGCGGCGGCGCACGGAGAGCCUGAACAGCGCCUUCGCCGAGCUGCGCGAGUGCAUCCCCAACGUGCCGGCCGACACCAAGCUGUCCAAGAUCAAGACGCUGCGCCUGGCCACCAGCUACAUCGCCUACCUCAUGGAGGUGCUGGCCAAGGACGGGCCGGCCGCCGAGGGCUUCAAGGCCGAGCUCAAGAAGGCCGAGCCCCGCGACGCCAAGAGGAAGCGCGAGCCGCAGUCCGAGGUCUACUCUCAUUCUUUAGGCCACGGAGAGAAACGGCUUAAGGGCAGGACUGGCUGGCCUCAGCAGGUCUGGGCGCUGGAACUGAACCAAUGAAAACCCGGGGCCUCCAGUC